AUGAUCUUGCUCUACAAGAAAGGCGAAGCCUCACAACUGUCCAACUGGCGAUUUGCGGCUGGUCGACAUAUUGCCGACAAUGGCAUGGUCCUAAACAAUCUACGUGACUACUGCAGGAACAGGAAGCUGAAGCAUGUCGGAGUUCUACUGGACUAG